UCAGGGAUGGACAGUUCCGUUGAUAGUGAAGGCAGUCGUAAAAGCCGCCUCAAUCCAAAUGAUGCCGCAAUAGAAAAAACGUUGGAGAUGGUUGAUUCUUUGAUUCGCAAUAAAAGAGAUGUUGAUGAGUAUACAUUGUUUGGAGAACAAAUAGCAUUUAAAUUGAGGACACUAAAAACGGACUACGCCCGUAUUACCGUACAGCAUCAUAUAAAUAACCUAAUUUACGAAGCUCAACUUGGCAAAUAUGACCAUCCACAAACUCAAAAUCAAGGCUACUACACCACGCAGUAUUCUACAAAUGCACAAUCUUCGAAUCAAUCCAACCUUCCACCCACUUCUCAAUACGCAAGAGAUUUAACUGGAUAUAGCUUUUCGCUGGAUAAUAUCAAUCUUCCAUCCACAAGUGAAAAUAGUAUAACAGUAGAGUCGUUGGAUAAUUUAGAAGAUGUCUCAUCUGAAUUGCAAGAAAAUUAAACGAUAUGUUUAUAUGAUUACUGUUUCUCUGAAAAAAUUAUAAUAAACCUGAAAUACUAUGUAUGUCUUAUAUUUUUAAU